AUGAUGUUUCGUGUGGGGAGAGCAGCUCCUACGUUGGGCGAGAUUACACAGCCGAAUUUACGACUGACCAGAUAUUUUGAAACUAGAGCUGUCAUGGUAGAUUGGGUGCGAAGAGUUGGUAAGGAAAAUGGUUUUGUGAUUGUUAUAAGUAAAUCUGCUAGUAUAAAGGGCAACAAGAUGCCGAAAUGCAUUUUUAUUUGUGAAAGGGGAGGAUUGUACAGACCGCCACCGGAAGGGCAUUCAAUGCAAAGGAUUACUGGAACUAAAAAAUGUGAUUGCCCGUUUAAGCUGCGAGGUGUACCACAACCUCCAGACGGUGUCAUGUGGAGUUUGAAGGUUGUUAAAGGUUUUCAUAACCAUGAACCAGCUGAAAGUUUUGAGGGACAUGAGUACCCGUCAAGGUUAACCCCAAUCCAGUAA